AUGAGGAACAAGCUCGCACUUGUUGUUACCAUGACGGCCCCGGUGGCGGCAUCCUUGGCCGCAGCUCUCCUCCUCUCCCUGGUGUACCCCGCCGCGGCUAAGCUCUCCACUGAGUACUACCAGAAGACGUGCCCCAAUGCUGAGCAGAUCAUAUCGGAGGUUGUGACCAACAAGCAGAUCUCCAACCCCACCACAGCCGCUGGCACCCUCCGUCUCUUCUUCCACGACUGCUUCGUAGGCGGCUGCGACGCCUCCAUGCUCAUCUCCUCCAAUGCCUUCAACCGUGCAGAGCGCGACGCCGACGACAACGUCUCCCUCCCGGGCGACGCCUUCGACACCAUAAUACGUGCCAAGACCGCGCUCGAGCUGCAGUGCCCCGGCGUUGUCUCUUGCGCCGAUGUGCUCGCGCUCGCUACCCGCGACCUCGUCCUCAUGCUUGGCGGACCGUUCUAUGCAGUGCACCUCGGCCGUAAGGACGCGCUCGGCUCCUCCGCGACCACCGUCCCCGGUAAUCUUCCCCGCCCCAACAUGACCAUCGACGAACUCAUAGAUGUCUUCGCCAAGAAGCAGAUGACGGUGCAGGAUUUAGUGGCGCUCUCCGGCGCCCACACCGUGGGCUUUUCCCACUGCAGCGAGUUCGCCUCCCGCAUCUUCAGCUAUAAGGGAAGUGGCGGCCACGACCCGACGAUGAGCGCGCAGUACGCGGAGGCGCUGCAGAAAGCGUGCGCGAACUACCAGAAGGACCCAACAAUUGCGGCGUUCAACGAUGUGAUGACGCCAGGGAAGUUCGACAACAUGUACUACCAGAACGUGCUGCGGGGGCUGGGGUUGCUGGCCUCAGACUCGUCGCUGGCGGCGGACAAGCGAACGCGUCCGCUGGUGGAGCGUUAUGCCGCCAACCAGACCGCCUUCUUCGAUGACUUCACCCACGCCAUGGAGAAGCUGAGCAUCGUCGGGGUAAAGAUCGGCAGAAAAGGAGAGGUCCGCCGCCGAUGCGACGAGUUCAACAACCUCUCCACCUGA